AAGAAUCUGAAAUCUUGCUGGGAUUCGGGAGUGCUGCUGUUGCACGGCCCAGGAGAUAGGACCGCGGUGACGGGGGAGAGAAGAGAGAUGUACGGCUCUGACUGACUAGCGAAGGACUGGAGAUCUGCCUCUUCUCGGGAAGCCCGAAGGUUGGUUCGUUAUGAGACUGCUGGUUUUCCUUUUCUUCUCUUUUUGUUUACGCUAAAUCCCUCAGCAUUAUUAAGGAAAACCGAAGUGUUGCCCAGGUGUAGCUGGUGGCUCUCUGGUUUUAAAGGUAGUUUUCAUCAAGAAACUGACAAAAACUCUUCCCUUCACCCGGAGGCUUUUGAGGUUUGAAACUGAGAUGAAGCUACUCUUCUCCCAAACACUACACGUUGUAUAAGGGGAGCCAGGACGAAAACGUCGUGUUUACUGACUUCGAUACGACUUCCCGACACUUGGCACCCACGAGGGAUGCUUCACGGAGCUUAACUGUUGAUAAUUUUUCUUUUUUUUUUUUUUUUAAGUGGUUUCGUAAAAUACUUUUAUGAAUUAAUUUUUUGCCACUGUUCGUACAGAAGCCAAAUGACACGUGUGUUUUGAAACACAGUUCCAAAUAUAUCCAUCCCUCAAGCCGGAUUCUAGCCAGAAAGAAACGGAGGGAAAUCAUCAGUGUCUAAACAAAUCUGAUUUUACCGUUUUAUGAACAUUAUCUGCUGUUAUAGCAAUAUUAUGUUGCUACAGAUUGCUUUAUAACGGUUCAGCAAGAAGGGUGAUCUCCCCACCUUGCAGGACCCAGGAAGCUGGAUACUUAGUGUCACUUACAUGUUUUAACAGCAUUGGAAAAUGGGAGCUGCUACUAAGUUGGCGUUCGCUGUUUUUCUUAUCUCUUGUUCUUCAGGUGCCAUACUUGGCAGAUCAGAAACACAAGAGUGUAUCUACUACAAUGCUAAUUGGGAAAAAGAUAAAACAAAUCGCAGUGGUAUUGAACCUUGUUAUGGUGAUAAAGAUAAAAGACGACACUGUUUUGCUACAUGGAAGAAUAUUUCUGGAUCAAUUGAAAUUGUGAAGCAGGGUUGCUGGCUAGAUGACAUCAAUUGUUAUGAUAGGAAUGAUUGCAUAGAGAAGAAAGACAGCCCUGAAGUGUUUUUCUGUUGUUGUGAAGGCAACAUGUGUAAUGAACGCUUUUUCUAUUUUCCAGAAAUGGAGGUCACACAACCAACUUCCAAUCCUGUUACACCUAAGCCACCUCUGUUCAAUACCUUGCUUUAUUCAUUGGUGCCUAUAAUGGGAAUUGCAGUGAUUGUGCUCUUUUCAUUUUGGAUGUAUAGACAUCACAAGCUGGCAUAUCCUCCAGUACUCGUUCCAACCCAACACGCCUUUCAUAUAAUGAUUGAGGAUCCUGGACCACCACCACCUUCACCAUUGAUGGGUUUGAAGCCAUUGCAGUUACUAGAGAUCAAAGCUAGGGGAAGAUUUGGUUGCGUAUGGAAAGCUCAACUACUAAACGAGUAUGUUGCAGUCAAAAUAUUCCCUAUUCAGGACAAACAGUCAUGGCAGAAUGAAUAUGAAAUUUACAGUUUACCUGGGAUGAAACAUGACAAUAUUUUGCAGUUCAUUGGCGCAGAGAAGCGAGGCACUAGCAUUGAUGUUGAUCUCUGGUUAAUUACAGCCUUUCAUGAGAAGGGUUCAUUAACAGACUUUCUCAAGGCUAAUGUGGUUUCUUGGAAUGAGCUCUGUCACAUAGCUCAGACUAUGGCUAGAGGCUUGGCUUAUCUUCAUGAAGAUAUACCAGGGCUAAAAGAUGGACAUAAGCCUGCCAUCUCACAUAGGGACAUCAAAAGCAAGAAUGUGCUGCUGAAAAAUAAUCUUACAGCUUGUAUUGCUGAUUUCGGUCUAGCUUUAAAGUUUGAGGCUGGAAAAUCUGCAGGGGAUACACAUGGACAGGUUGGUACACGAAGGUAUAUGGCUCCUGAGGUACUCGAAGGGGCUAUAAACUUCCAAAGGGAUGCGUUUUUGAGAAUAGAUAUGUAUGCCAUGGGAUUAGUCCUCUGGGAAUUGGCAUCACGCUGUACCGCCUCAGAUGGCCCAGUAGAUGAGUACAUGUUGCCAUUUGAGGAAGAAAUUGGCCAGCAUCCCUCCCUUGAAGACAUGCAGGAAGUUGUAGUUCAUAAAAAGAAGAGACCUGUUUUAAGAGAAUGCUGGCAAAAACAUGCUGGAAUGGCAAUGCUUUGUGAAACCAUAGAGGAAUGCUGGGAUCAUGAUGCGGAAGCCAGGUUGUCAGCAGGCUGCGUAGAAGAACGUAUCAUUCAGAUGCAAAAAUUAACUAACAUUAUAACAACAGAGGAUAUUGUGACUGUGGUCACAAUGGUGACAAAUGUUGACUUUCCUCCCAAAGAAUCCAGUCUAUGAUAGAUAGUUGCACUGGUCAUGGAACUGACCACCGGACUCUUCACUGGAGCUGCUAAAGCUAAGGGGACUGCUCACGUCAUUACUGUUUGCCGCGUGAGAAGAAUGGUAAGUCUCUCUGGAACAGCAUUAAGAGGUGUUUUUCCUUUAUUUUUUCCCUUCCUCCUCCCAAACAUGGAUCCCUGAGACUUUCUGCAUUCCCUGUGUACACCUGAAGGACACGUGACUGAGAAACGGUGACAUGCAGUUAAGGAACUUACAUGAAGAAUACAGACCUGUUCUGGCUAAUCAAGCAUUUUAAAAACUGACGCCCGAUUUCUUAAUACCUGUCAGAAGAGACUAAUUCCUUAAAUGAACUACUGUUAUUUUUUUUAAAUCAAACAUUUCAUUUCAGAUUUAAAAAAAAAAGGGUAACUUGUUUUUAUUGCAUUUGCCGUUGUUUAUAAAAAUGACUAUUGUAAUGCGACUAUGACACAGCUUGUGAAUGUUUAGUGUGCUGCUGUUCUGUGUACAUAAACAAAAGUAAUCAAGUGGGUUAUAGCAAAGAGGCUUCCAAGUAUUACUUAACCUCCCUCAACAAGGUAUACCUCAGUUCCACCUCUGCUAAAUUAUGAGAUUGACAACACUAACAAAAUUUGAAUAAAUCGAUCCGUGUUUUGUAAAUGA